AUGGGGAUCGAUCCCACCACCCACAAGCCCAAAUCAAACCCUCUCAUCGGCUCCACCACCACCGGCUCACUGAACCACAUGGCUCAGUGGGAGAGUGCUCGGCUCGAAGCUGAAGCCAGGUUGGUUAAAGACUCAAAGAAAAUCCCUUCAUCUUCACACCAGAAAAGUAGCAACAACGACAAAGGCUCUGGACCAUCGACCGAUAAACCAGCGUGCAUUGACGUUCUCAAAGCAUGGCAAAGCGUGGUUACCGGCAUGUUCGCCAUCUCCACCACCAACAACUACUUGAACCCUGUUGUAUUCGAGUCAAAUCAGAGCUCGGCAAGUUACGAGCUCUGUCCAGCUGAAGCUGGUUCAAUUACAGGCAUUGGGUGA